CCGAUCUCAUCGCAUUUGGCUUCAAUUGAGAAUGAGUACUAGUCCGCCCCGUCAACGAAUAGACACCGAGAUGCAGGAUUGCCGCACUCUUGCCCCCGACUGCCUCGAACCCAUCAUCUCCUUCACCAGUCCUCUCGAUGCCUGUAGAUGGUCAGUAGUUUCCCGCUCUUUCAACGAUGUCGCCAGAUCCAACGCGGUUUGGGUUAAGUCCCUGCCGUCCGACUACCAGAAUUUGGUUCCCGCAUCGCGAUCCACUUUUCCAUUGAAGGACCUUUAUCUCAGCCUCUGUGAUCAUCCUGUACUCAUUGAAGAUGGCAGAAAGGAUUUGGGGACAAUUUGGGCGGACUAUCCCAUUAAUGCAAGGGGACUCUGUCAAUAUAAGGAAUAGUUAUAAGAUGUGCAUUCUGCACCUUAGUUCCAGUAUUUCAGUAUGAGGAUGGACUACACAUCACUUUUCUGAUUUGCAUACAGUCAAACUUUAUGCAAAAUUCAAACUAGAGUAACUAAAUCAGACUAGAUAAGAGGGAGUACAUAUUUUCUUAAUAAAAUCUUACAGUCCCAAAUCUUACAAUCUUAAGUAGUGUUAAUCAUUGGCUCUUUUUCAAUUUUUCACUCAGCAAGGUACUUGACUAGAUCUGCAUUCACUCAACAUAUGCAUAUUGUAAGAUUUCAUUGUUUGGACUGAGGAUGAAUCACAUGCUUAAAAAGCCAAAUUCUGGUAAUGCCUUCCUUUUCUGAUCAAUUUCUGUGUGUAGCUAAUUGAGCUAUGAGCUUUUUGUUUGCUCUAUAUAUGGCUUGUUAAGAGGCCAUGACUUGGUGUAGUUUUCUUUUGUGUUGAUAGUCCUGAAUUCAUGUCUAUAUGAAGCAGCUAACUACAAAGAUUUUUAUUGGUAUAAUUUGCAAAACUUAUGGAUUUGUUGCCUGGGUAUUCAAUGCUUCUUUUUUUUUGGAAUAUGCUUGCUAGAGGAUUAUGUUCUUUUGGGUGAUGUAAUAAUGAUUAAUGAUGAUUAUGUCCUCUAUAUGGUGAGUUUAUGUUUUCCUUUGGUUCCUUGUUGAUAUUUUGAAGUUUGAUCAGUAAUUUUUUUCCAAACUAUUCUUUUUCGGUUCUAGGUUUUUUUUGGUCAACUUUUUCAGAACUAGUUGAGUGUUUAAUUGUAUAACCUGUAUUGCACAAAGCUUUUCACUGCAGAAAAGGGUUGGGAAGAAAUGUUACAUGCUAGCUGCCAGGGACCUCACAAUUACAUGGGGUGAUACUCCUCGUUAUUGGAGAUGGAACUCCAUACAAGAUUCCAGGUUCCCCGAGGGUGCAGAGCUUCUCGAUGUUUGUUGGUUUGAAAUCAAUAAGGUGAAGAUGUACAAAAUGAUUACCAGUACCCAAUAGAGAGGGGAGAUGGUUGAUUAGAGCUAGAGUUGGGUGAAUUCUUCAAUGAAGGAGGGAGAGAUAGCAAAUUGGAAAUACAGAUUUUUGGUUUCAAUGGUCACUAGAAGAGUGGUGUCAUUAUUGAAGGCAUCAAAAUCAUACCAAAUUAGCAGGACAUGACAAGAUUUUCUUCCACCCUGUGUAUUUUAUGUGCAGGUAAAAAAUUGUCCCUUGUGUUAGAUUGUGAGUGUCAUGCACUAGUCUACAUAAAUAUAUGAGUUCUAUUGUUGUCUAGAUGAGUCUGUGAAUCUUUAUUUGAACAAUGUAUUCCUAAUCUGUAGUGUUGAUUACUAAUUUUGAUUU